AUGACAGCCUCUGUUCGUUCUUUCCGUGUAAGCCUUUGGGCACAACCGCUUCUAUCCGUAGUGCAAACCCAUCUGAUUACCUAUCCAACUCCAUCUAACCUAAGUGGAAACUGGAAUUGGGGAGUUCUAGCAGGCCUUUGCCUAGUUUUAGUGCGCCGCUGUGCUGCUAUUCAUGCCGUGGGAGAAAUAACCAUCUGCACAAUCUUCGCAAAAGAAAAAAAAAUAACAAAAAAAUAG